GUGUCAGUGGGCGGGUUGUGCAGGGGCAGGUGCGCGGAUCUCGCGAGAGGUGGGAGAGCUGCUACUGCUGCUGCUAGAGCGGCCGGAGGACGGUGCGGGGUGAGCAGAGACAUCGGGGACACCCGGAGGAGCACGUGUAACUAUGGCAAUGACGGCUGGGAAUGCCACUGCCUUUCCUAUGAGUAACCACACCCGCGAGAGAGUGACCGUUGCCAAACUUACUCUGGAAACUUUUUAUAGCAACCUCAUCCUCCAGCAUGAAGAGCGGGAGACCAGGCAGAAGAAGCUUGAAAUUGCCAUGGAAGAGGAAGGAUUGGGCGAUGAUGAGAAAAGGCUCAGGCGCUCACAGCAUGCAAGAAAGGAAACUGAAUUCCUGCGUUUAAAGAGGACCAGGCUGGGAUUGGAUGAUUUUGAGUCGCUGAAGGUCAUUGGACGGGGAGCAUUUGGAGAGGUGCGUCUAGUUCAGAAGAAGGACACGGGACACAUCUAUGCAAUGAAGAUCCUCAGGAAAGCAGACAUGCUGGAGAAGGAACAGGUGGCUCAUAUUCGUGCUGAGCGAGACGUCUUGGUGGAGGCUGACGGUGCCUGGGUGGUGAAAAUGUUCUACAGUUUUCAAGAUAAAAGGAACCUUUAUCUGAUCAUGGAGUUUUUACCUGGAGGUGACAUGAUGACAUUGCUGAUGAAGAAAGACACGCUGACAGAAGAGGAGACGCAGUUCUACAUUGCAGAGACUGUGUUAGCCAUCGAUGCAAUUCAUCAGCUGGGCUUCAUCCACCGAGAUAUCAAACCAGACAACCUGCUGUUGGAUGCCAAGGGUCAUGUCAAGCUGUCUGAUUUUGGUCUGUGUACGGGACUGAAGAAAGCUCAUCGGACUGAAUUCUACAGGAAUCUGACCCAUAAUCCUCCUAGUGACUUCACGUUCCAGAAUAUGAACUCAAAGAGGAAGGCAGAGACAUGGAAGAAGAACAGAAGACAGUUGGCGUACUCCACAGUUGGAACUCCCGACUACAUCGCCCCAGAGGUCUUCAUGCAGACCGGAUACAACAAACUUUGUGACUGGUGGUCAUUAGGCGUCAUCAUGUACGAGAUGUUAAUAGGAUAUCCUCCAUUCUGUUCAGAAACGCCGCAGGAGACGUAUCGGAAAGUCAUGACCUGGAAAGAAACACUUGUUUUUCCUCCCGAGGUGCCAAUAUCCGAAAAGUCAAAGGAUUUAAUUCUCAGGUUUUGCACUGAUGCCGAAAACAGAACUGGCGCAGGCAGCGUUGAAGAAAUUAAGACCCAUCCUUUCUUUGAAGGCGUGGACUGGGGCCAUAUAAGAGAGAGACCGGCAGCAAUUAACAUUGAGAUAAGAAGCAUUGAUGACACUUCCAACUUUGAUGAAUUCCCAGAGUCUGAUAUAUUACAGCCAGGCAUGGAGACACAUCAUGUGCCAAACACCGCAGAACCCGACUACAAAUCCAAAGACUGGGUCUUCCUAAACUACACCUACAAACGCUUCGAGGGUCUGACGCAGCGCGGCUCCAUCCCGUCCUACAUGAAAUUGGGAAAGCUAUGAGUUUCGACGACUGCCGCUUCUCGGGUUGGGGGAAGGGAGUACACAAUACUCAGGUAGCUGCCAAGCCGGACUCGUUGGGCAGACUGAUCGCUCCGCCGAGAACUCGUAGAACUGGUAUAUACCCCAAGGAUAAUCUGCAGGAACCGGAUUCCUUAUGACUACAGAACCGUGUUGGCAGAGCCAGCUGGAAUACUUUUUUUUGGGGGCUUAGUUUUCCCUUGUUGGAAAGGGAUGGGACUUAAGUUAUCUCGCGAGGGUACUACAUGGGUGAGCAUUAAUCAUAUCAAUUCCUCUCCGAAUGCUGGGCACCGAGGGUCUGCUCUGCCGUGGCGUCCUCUGCACUGUGAGGCCCUGAAAUUCAAUUGCUGCCAUUUUGUGUGUCACUGGCCUCUUGGGAUACGACGACCGCUCAACAGUCACGGCGGGAUUACGGGCUGCCAUGUGCUACGUUGUAACGAGGCAGCCGCCCUUCGAUAAGGGAAGAAAGUCAAGAAUUUCAUUGUUACUUCACAUUUUUAAAAAAAAAGAGGUUUUUAAUUUGUAAAAUUAUUUAUUCUGCCGCGUAUUGAGGUUUGUUUCUGUGCUUGGCUUAUGUUUUUUUCUUUUUAACUCUCUCCAUUUU